GAGUGGGGGGGAAAAAAAGAGCGAGGAACGAGCUGAAGGGCGGGCGCACCACCACCCCGCGCGGGAGCGCCUUACGCCUGAAGAGAGCGCGGGGCCGCGCAUGCGUCGGGGACAGCCCCGCCCACAAAGACGACGACGACGACGAACGUGACGCGCGGCCACGCCCCCUCCCUCGCGUGACGUCAUGAGCCGGCGUCUGACCUCGCAGCUCAUUCCCGAGGGAGAGGCAGGUGGGGCGCUGACGUUUUCCUCUCUUGCCUCGUGUUUACCUGGAGGAAGAUUUGGCUGCCAAUAAGGAGGCUGCUCUUUUGAAUUACACAAGUCAUGCUGAGGAACUGGGUGAGGUUAGGAAGAGGUCUUUCUUGCUUCGUGACCCCUAGAAAUGGGGCACAGGGCACAAUCCUUCCCACGGGGGUCCCCCAGCGUUUCUCCCACAAGCUACAAGGAAAUUCACACGCUUGGAUACUCACGUCAGAGAAAAGUGUAGACUGGGCUGUCCCCAAUCCCAGCUGGAGCCAAGAAAUGAUGCUCCAGUUCAACCGCUACAUGGAGAUGACGAAGGAUGGCAGCUGGAAGAAGCUCCCAUCUUACCGAAGUUUCUCUGAUCAUCUUCCAGAAGGACGCCAAAAGGAAGAACUCCGAAACCAAAAAAACUGCCUCUUUCUCCGAAGUAUCGAAGGGGAAGGCAUGGGCUUUGAGUACGCCAUGUUCCUGAAACCUUCGGAGAGGAGGGUGGCGGCCGUCUUCCAAAUAGGGCCCUACCUCGAGGGGCCUUCGGGUCCCGUGGCCUUGGGCUCCGUGGUCCUGGUGGACUCCAGGGUGGACAAAAUCGAAGGCAGGAAGAUCUUUGCGAGCGGCGAAAUCCGGAGCGCGGACGGUCAGACCCUCCAUGCAGAGGCCACCGGUCUCUUCAUCGAACUGCAGCCCUCCUCCUCGCCCCGGAAAGAAACGGAUCCCAGCAUCUUCCCUUAACGGACCACCACAGACCCAGCUUCCUCUUCCUCAGCUCUCCCACUACAAGCCCCGCUCAGAGCUUCAUCAGUGUCUCUCCUGCCUUCUUUGCACAACUGGGGGGAACAACAACAUGUCAAAAUUGGAACUCUCACACCUGUUGGCACAUUGGUGGUGGAGGAGGCCGUGAAUCCCAAAAAGCUAUAUUUCUCGUCGGGUUGUCACCUUGUAACUCUGAUCUGGGUGCCAUGGUUCUGAAGCCCGAUGGGUGUUUUCUGGCUGCUUUCGAACUCGCUCCCCGAUUCUCGACCCUUCGAGCUUGUUUUUAUUUUCACCCUUUUACACGUGGCAGAUGUUUUCUUUUGGGCCGAGCUUCUGAACGGGUAGAGUCGAAGAAAAACAGAUUGGUAUUGGACUGUGGGGUUGUUGGGGAUUUGGGGGGAGGGGUGUCUCUCUCCUUGGUGGUUUCCUUGCAGAUGUUUCUGGACCCAAGUUUGCAACGGCAUCAAGGCUAGAAGGAGUGGGGUUUGAGGAGGAAGAGGAGGACUCUCCACAGUGACGUUCUAACCCAGGGGGUCGGAAUCUAACCUUAAACACUCAAAAGAGCCACAAAUGUCCUCUCCGGAUUCCCCCCAUUCAAUUCUGGAGCUGACCGGAAGUCCAGUUCCCCCACCAUAGAGUCUUUACCUAGCGCGGCCUCCUCCUUCCUCUACCGGUUCUAACAGAAAGCCCUAUCAAUUGUGGAGCCGACCGGCGACAGGGAGCCGCAGCCGAGGGAUGAAAAGAGCCACAUGCGGCUCCGGAGCCACAGCUUGCCGGCCCCUGAUCUAUCUAUAUCCAGAUUGUCGCUUUUGAUAGCCGCUCUUCUUGGGGAUGGUUGCAGAGAAGGAGGUUGAGUGAAAAGGGAGACCCCAGGUGCUGUAUGGUCCAGCGGGGCAGCCUUACCUGGUUGGUCACCGACACCUGAGAAGGUUUCUACCCAAGUGCUGACAAUCACAGCAUCCCGCAUUCAACAACCUUUGUCCCUCUUCACUGGGUCUUCUCGCGGUGUGUGCGGUGCCAAACCUUACGCCUUGGGGUGCCUCGUUAGAUGCCUACCUCUUUGCCCCGCCUUCUGAGUGCCUUGUGGGAGGAUUAUUUAGCACUUACCCUACAAGUAUUUUACAUGUUGGUUUGAGUAACCGCGAAAUUGCAAACGAGCAAGUUAAAAUAUAAUUUAUUCUCUA